GAAUACUUCCGGGUAAAUAUCACGAAUUGAAUUUGCAUGAUUAAUUCGUUGUUUAUUCAAUCCCUGAUAAAAGUUGGGAAGUGUUUGUGAAUUAAAACAAGUUUGGUUGAGAUAGGACUUUUAACUUCCGUAUACAGUAUGGAUGUAUUGUAGUGCAUGAAACCAUAAACAAGAUGACAAUGAUGAUGUCAGCAGAUUAUUUGACGUCUCUUCCUGUCCUUCUUGUGUCCAUGGUGAUACUGGUUGCCAUCGUUCUUGCAUUAGUACAGUGUGUUUGUGGAAAAAGGAAAGAAAACUCUGAACCAGAACUAACACAGGCACAGUCUAAACAUGAAUCCACAUUCCUUGAUGCUGAGACACUAUGCAAGAUGCAGACAGAACAGAAUGAUGUGAACGGUGGUCAUAUGGAUGUAGAAACUGGCAUUACUCCACUCAACACAUCCAUGGGAUCUCACAAUGGAACAUUGCACAGUCGAGGCAACUCAGUUGAUAUCACUAAGGCAGACCGGCGCAGUGGUACCAGCUCUGGAUCCUCACCACGACCAGCCACUUUAAGUAGAGAACUUCCUGACAUUCCAAAACCACAGACAUUAGACAGGGGACAUCACUCUACAUUACCUGAAAUACCAUCUUAUACUGACAGUCAUCACAAGGGAGCUUAUUCUACUUUACCAGAUACACCAACAAAUUCAAGAAGUCAUGCGAAUAGUUUAGAAAAUCAUAGAAAGGGAGGUCACUCACAUUCACAAUUACCAGAAAUUCCAGUUACCUCCCAUGGUAGUUUAAAUACUUCACCAGUGGUUCAUAGACAGACAGGAAAUGUUUCAACACCAGUAGAUUCCACUAAGUCUAAAACUAUGAGAGAAAAAUCCAGUGAUAUGGAUGAUUACGACCAUAUUGAAGAGGCAACAAAGAAAAAAGUUCGCCCCAGGUCAGAUUACGAUCAUGUUGUGAUUGAGGGUGGAGAAAAGAAAAUAAUAUUAGCUAAAAGCAAAUUAAAUGAAAAUGAUUAUGCUGAAGUACAAAACAAUGAUACAUAUGAACAGGUUCCACAAGAUGUGACUGUUAUCCCAGUAUCUAAAUUGGGAACUACCCCACAACCUAAAAGCCCGCAAAAAUUAUCUACAAAACAAGUGAGUAAAACAAACAGUUUUGAUGACCCUUAUAACAGAAUCAAAGGGGAUGACACACCUUAUAACAGGAUAAAGGAUGAUCCCCCAUACAAUAAGAUAAAAGAAAAUGAAACUCCUUUUAAAGAUGAUCCUUAUAAUAAGAUUAAGGUUGAUGAUCCAUAUAAUACUGUAAAAGAUGAUUUAGAUGACCUUGACCCAUAUAACACUGUAAAUGAUGUGUCAAGUAGUGCAAGGUCAAGUGGAAGAAAGAAACAAAGAACUACUAGUUUUAAGGGACCAGUGUAUGAUCCAUAUGCUAUGGUUGUGGAUGAGGAAACAGAAAGAAAUGUGUCAAAUCAGACAGAUCCCUAUGCUAGGGUUGGCGACACGGAAAGCGAACUUGAGGAUCCGUAUAACAAGGUUGUUGAGGAAAAUGAAAGUAUUACAAAUGUGAAAGCCAUCCCAGAAUAUGGGGAUGAUGACUAUGCCACAGUGAACAAAGCUACGGAAGUGGAGUAUGCCAAAGUGAACAAAUCAGGUAAUAUAAAUAAAUGUGAUACAGAAUUAGUGCGUGACACUACUCCCUCUCCUAGAGAGGAAAUUAUUCAAGAUGAAUAUGCAACUGUUGUGAAAGUAAAAAAACUGAGUGCAGGUAGUUCAUCAGCUAGUACUAGUGCAGCGGCAGGUGCUGCUUCAUCGGAACCAGCUACUGUUAAUGUAACUGUAAGAGCAAGUGUUGUGCCAACGGAAACAGCCAAUGGAGCAGGAAAUGCUUCAACCCCACCGGAGCCUCCAAGAGAUUAUGACGAGUCUUUGGAUACAGACGGAGAUCAUUACAACACAGUAGCAUUAGUAAGCAGGGAAGCUUCCACCAAUGAACAAGGUUUGAAGAAAGAGCCACCAUACAACAAAUUGAGUGUAAGAGAAUCUUUGGCCAGUAUGAAUGCUAGAGCAGCCAGUAACACUUAUGAAUAUGUGUCUGAAGUUGACAACCUGUACGCAACGGUUGAUGGAAGUUCUGGUGAUGGAACAGUGAGACAGCGACGUCCACAGCCUGAUAACACAGAACCCCCCACUGUAGAUUACUACACUGAAAUAGAUGCCCCAGCUCCUCCAUCACUGGACAGUCUACAUGAAACAGCAAAACAACAUCAGGAUGAAAUCCGACGUAAAACUGAUAAAAAACCGGACUAUUACAACAUUGAAGAUGGUAACCAAAGUCAAGGUCAAGUAAUUGGACAUCAGAGAACACCAUCAGGUCAAGGUCAUUUUGUUCAAGGUCAUUCUAGGACACCCUCGGGUCAAGGUCACUUUAGAACCCCAUCAGGUGAAGUAAUGUCUUCUUCAUUUGAAGGGCGUGUUCCCAUGGCAACUGCUGAAAAUGUAGAUUUAGAAUACGAUCCAAAUUAUCAGUCAGUACAGGAGAGUAAAGUGACUGAUAUUGUGUCAGAAUUUGACCCAAAUUAUGAAACAGUUGAAGAAGCACGAGCAAAUUUAAGAUAUGAAGAAAUAAAUGGUGCUAGACCGAAAGAAAAAUUAAUUAGACCGCAUAUUUAUGAAGACCCAGAUGCUAAGAGAAAGUAUGAAGUUGUAAAAGGGGAAACUAUUACAGAGGAUGGAAAGAUUAGAGCACAUGUGUAUGAAGAAGUUACAGUAACCAAUGAAGCAAGACGUACUAGACAACGUGUUCUAAACCAACAUACUUAUGAGGAAGUUACCGAUGUGAAGGGUAAAGACAAAAAGGCUAAUCAUAAUCAAGGACAAAAAGCAGAAAGUUCAAAUUCUAGCGGUAAUCAAAAGAAGAAGGGUCAUGAAAGAAAUUCAUCUGGUGACUGGUUAUUGUUUGGAAAAAGAAAAUCAGGAGAUGUGAAAGAGAACAAGAGAAAAUCUGAAGGAAAAGAAGAAAAAAGAAAGUCAAAUGAUAUUGGCAAAAAGUGAGAAAUGGUUAAUGUUUUAUUUGUACAGCUAUCCCUCCAAUCAAGUGCUUCUGAUUUUACCAUGGCCCUUGCCUCUUAUUAAUCAAAGCUAGAAUUUUAUUUGCUUAUCUGAAAGUCAUCAGUGGAAUAUCUUUGUGUGAUUCUACUGUUUUGAUGUUGUAACGUUGAUAUCUUCCAAAAGUCUGAUAGAUUAACCUUUCAGUUGCCAGGAACAUUGCAGGUCAAAAUAGUCAAAGUGGUUUGCUUCUAGAUAAAUUUCUUUUUUUUUGUUUAAGCAGAUAACAGUGUACAUCAAACUAUCAAAAAAAACUUAUACUACUAAAGUUGAUAUUCUGUUUUUCAUUAAAUUUCUAUUUAGUGAUGUUUUUGUGAGAUUUUCUACAUAUUUUAUAGACUAUAGUUACACGUGUUUUUAUGGAUAAAUUCUGCCCUGAACUCACUGAAUUGCAUAAGUUUUAGUUCUAUUUUUUAUUUAUGAUGAAUUUUAGAUAAAUCUGGAAACAUUCACCUUUAAUUAUCAAGGUUUUAAUCUUAUCACUUAGUUUUGAAGAAUAUGUUAGUUAUCGAAGAAAGUGAAUGGCUGUGCAAGUAUUUUCAUGUUCACACAACUUGAAAAAAAAAAGUCACAGAUUCUUACAGUUCAGGUAUAAAUGCCAAAAUAAUUUACAGUCUUAAUAUUUAGUUUUAGCUUGCUUUGAUUAGAUACUCUGUAUGAAGGAUUCAGAUAAUAGUAUUCCAUAUAUAUCCAUAUAUGUUAUUGAACUGGCAUAUAUUAAGUGUUAACUAUUUUCCAUGAAAAAAGGUAGGGAAUCUUGAUAGGGGCCUUUUUCUGCCUGUCUCACAGGUCCAACUAUCGGACCCUUUCCCAAUGCAAAAUGUGGGUUUCUUUUCCCAAUUCUCCAAAAAAAUUCCCAAUCCAGAGCUGUAAUCCUCAUGACAAAUUACCCGGCAUUUUGUGAGUAUUAAAGUACCGUACUACAUCAGCCAGAUUUUAGCUUGGUCACUCAUUCAGAAUGUUCAUUUACUACCGUUAGUACUCUAUAUAGGGGAGUUCAUUGCUACAACAAAACAAAAUGUAACACGAAGCAAAAUAUUUCAGAGGAAAAUUCUGAAAAAUUCACACCAAGGGUACACAAAAACAUGAUUUCUUUUGAAGAAAAGAUAUGUAUACUGCCAGUGAAACAAGUCAGUCUCCCAGUAAAUUACGUCCCUGUUGGUGUAGACACUGAAACAUGUACCUGAGAAUCCGAAAGUGUGUCAAGUGGCCAGUCGCAGGAAUCGGUCUAGAAGUUCCAAGAGUGUCAAGAGUCUUUGAACUCGAUCUUGAAUUCUAAAAGCUGUCUCAUUCCAAGUCUAGACCCAGAACCUUCUACUAGUCACCCUAAGUCUCGGUCACAAACAGUUUAUACCUGUCAGAUCCCCAUACAAGGAUCUGACAACAACAAAGAAAUUAUUUACAUUUUUUAAUGCAUUAGCCACCACUUUUUGGCAAUUUAUAUAGGUAAAUACAUUAAUUAAACAAAAUUGAAGUAUAAAAUAUUUCCCAUAAUGAUUUUAUCGAUAAUUUUUGUCGCAAUUUGACCAAUUUUACAACUUGAAAAUUCCCAAUUUUCUCGGGUACUUUUUCCCAAAUAGGCAGAAAAAGGCCUGUGAUAGAAAGCUCUUGAGUGUUAUUAUUGCUGUAUAAAAUCUAUGACAUUGAUAUUUGUAAUGGCAUAGGAAAAAAUAUGUUUAAAAUAAAAUAUUUUGAUCUGAAAAAUUUCCUGGUGGAAAACAGCUGUACAAUGGCAUAAUUUGUUGGGGUCCGAUUUGUUGCUAUAUAUAAGCAAGUGUGGUAAGCUGAGGGGCCUUCAAGGGUAAUAUAUCACCAUAUCACUAUAUAUCAGCAUUUAUUUGGGUAAAUUAUAUUAUUUGUUUUGUAAAUUGAUUAUUGUGACAGACUGUUAAAUCAUUUCAUUUCAUAGUUAUUAAAUUUUAUGUGUCUUGGGGACAUAAAUUUGUCUGGGAGUUUAAUUUACUGGUAGGAAUUUGAUGUCAUAGACCAGGGCUAGCUGGAAAUCUGUGAAAAUGAGUCCAUACAAUAAAACUUUCACUGUACUGGUUAUUGUCUAGGAAAGUAAAUAAGCUUAUUUAUUCUAUAUCUAUUUUAUCUAUCCAAUUGUGAACGUUCAUUUGCAACACGUGACCGUACAAUAUAUUGCCUUAUUGAACGCACGUGCGUACAAAAAAACCUGUAUAUUUUCCAUAUUUGGACGAUUCAAAAAGUCCCAUGUUAAACAUUCGAUAAAGCCCGAAACGCGAGAUAAAUGUUCCGAAUGUAAAUCGGGUGAAGUAGGCGCUCUAUGUACAGAGUUAGAUUAUGUGUCUUGAAAUGAGGAAGGCAGAAAAACAAUAUUCAGUGAAUCAUUUUUAAUUUAAACUAAAAUAAAAUAGAUAUAGAAUAAAAGGUUAUUUAACAUUGAACUGUACACACAAUACGAGCUAUAUUUGGACUCGUACCCAGCUGGGAAAACCAUAUUGGACUCGCCUAGUGGCUUAUCCACUGGUUUUCUCAGCUGGGUACUCAUCCAAAUAUGUCUCCGUAUUGUACAGAAUAAUGUUAAAUAACCUAAUAGUGCAUUGUAACAUAUAUAUGUAAUAGGUAAAUGAUUAAAAUUUUCAAACACUUUAAGAGGAAUGUUGAAAAUGUAAAUUAAAAACCACAAUUUUAGAUACAUGUAUUGUUAAGCAUAUUUAAAUUAAAAUGAUUUUAAGUGUUUGAAUCUUUAAAAUGCAUAUAGAAAUUAUUAAAAAUCAUCUAAGUAUGAGCUAUGGUUUGUGUUAAAGUUUCUGUCUUGGAUACUGUAGGUUGGCAGUUAGAGAGAAAUGAUGAAUAUGGAUUUAUCAUUGUAUGUUUAAGGAAUUCUGUCAGUUCUGACAAUAGUAAAUUUUGUAACUACAGUAUUUGUUUUAGAUGAAAAGAGUAUAAAGGAAUACAUGAGAAUAACAUAUACAGAGUACUCCAAAUUAAGAGGUUUUGUUUCAAAAUAAAUUAGACUAUUUUGUAAAAUAGAACAAAAACAUAGAGGAUACUUACUUGUUUUCAGGGAAUAUGGAAUAUAUUUCUGUUCCACGGUUUUAUUUCACUGCAGCAAAAGUCACUAAUUUUAAAAGCUAUUGCUAUUGUAGCUAUUGCAAAUGUUAGCAUCUUGCGUAUCCCGCUAAUAACCCAGUGUUUCACAGAAAAGCAUUAAAGAACAUUGUUUAAUUUUACUAGGUAAUAUUUCCAUAGGUUGUCCAAAGAUUGGUAUCAAGGUUAAAAUCUUUGAUUAUUUGAUCUCAUUGAAUUGAUAUUAAAUUUUUCCUCAUAGAAGAUAUCAAAACUGUGUUUUAACUCCCUGUUGGAAGUUUCAUUUGUCUCCUUUUAUCACAUUUUGAAUGUUGAAAGCUUCUAUAACUGCUUUUAUUGAAAGAUAUGUUUUUGAAUGAGUAAGGAACGAUAUGUUUUUUGUAUUUGUUGAUACUUCUGUUUUUCAGUUAGUUUUGUUUAUGUGAUUUUAGCUGAGGUUGUAGUUUCAGUACAAGUCAUGUGGAUUUAUUACCUGACUUCUUAUACAAGUUGCAGGUAGUUUUAGACUGGCAGUCUAGUAUAGCUUGUGCUAUUUGACAAAUCUUGUACUAUAUUUAACACAAGAAAACUGAAAAUUUAUUACUGUCAUGUGAUAAAAAACAUACUGAAUGGCUUGCUGGUCAAAACUAAAAUCUAUUGGCCCUGGGUCCUUCGGACCUCUGGCAAAAGUUUUCACUAUUGACUGGCAGGCCAUUUAAGUAUGAUAAAGUAUAUGCGAAAAUCGUUUAAAAAUUAUUUACAAGUUGCUGAGCACUGGUAUAAUCUACACAUUUAAAAGAUUUGUUUACUAAGUGUAUUUGACUUGUACAGCUAAAUUGUACGAUAAUGUUCAGAGUUUUGACACCUCAGAUACUUAAAAAAUUAAGAAAUAAAAUCCUGCAUUUACUCCUAAUAUAAGUAUGGAAUCACCACCUCUAUAUUUUUUUUUUCGUACAGUUUAAAGCUACUUGCCCAUAGUAGGAGUGAAAUUUUUCAAAAUGUUUAUUUCCACCAAGUUUAAUAUAAAAUGUAUUUAUGAAACUGAAAAAUGAUAGCAUGAUGGAAAAUGUGUGUUAAAUAUUGCCAGAAAGGCAAGAAGAAUGUUGAAUUUCUCCAUUAUUUUUCAAAGUGUUGCAAUGGUUUACACCUUUCUGCCUAUCAGUUAAGAUUUUGCAUAAGGACAUCUUGCAAAAGUCAUGUCAACAAGUUUGUACCUUUGGUCACUUUCACAGUACCCUAGAAUCUACCCACAUAUUAUUUUUGAGAGAAAAACAUUUUUGCCUGAAAUGUGUGAAUGAGUCACUUGUCAAAAUCUGUCAGAUUAUAUUGUUGAGUCUAUGUUACAAAGCAGAUUUAGUGAAUAUCAUAUUUCCUACUUUUGUUUUGCCAAACUGGAAGUAAGGAAAUGUGAUUAUUUGUGAUUUAGCCAAUGUCUGCCGUUUGUGUAUUUUCCCAAAACAUUCCACAGAUGUCUUUGUUUGUUGUUGUAUACAUUUUUAUGUGAAGAAUUUAUUUAUAUAUUUUAUAAGAAUGAAACAGUCAGCCAUCAAAAGUCAGCCAUUUUCAUCUGAACCUAUGACCAGAAUAGAUUCUUUUUCUUGAAAAUCUUCUUAUUUGAUUUCAACUUUUUCCAGUUAUUACAGAAAUCCAUAUUCUCAUGGAAGCUAUGGCUGAAGAAUACAAAACUAGGUCAUUAUUAAUCACAGAGAAAUUACAGAUUGUUACUAUUGGGUCCAUUACCUUUGUGAAUUAUUUUUAAGACACCAAGUUCAAAUGACUUAAUAUGGAAUGUAAUUUCCUAGUUCGUUGUCUUUUACAUUCAAAAUGUACUGGAUAUGUUAAUGAUUUUGUACAUUUGUAUGUUGUUUUUUUUAUGUGUGGAUUUGUGCAAUGAUCUGAUAUAUAUCUAUCGCAGCUAGUAUAAUGUGUUAUUGUCUAUUUUGUUUGUAACAUAUCUUGUUUAAGUUUUUAUAAAUGUCUUAUCAUAUAUGGAUUCCCUACCCGUGUUCAGUGUUGCCAUAUCAGCAGACAUUAAACAUAGCAAAAAAUAUAAAUAUAUAUACACGA